GGCUUCUGUGCUUCUGCUUCUCUUCUGCGAGACACUUUACGAAGAGGGCGGUGAUUAGAGGAACUAAGCCCCUCGGGCCUUAGUGAUUAUGAGUCAGUGUGCCGCCCAGCGGCCAGCGCAUCCGUGCGUCUUGUCAACGUCGUUCAGGUGACACGGGCCACGCUAUCCGCAGGCAGCAUGCCGAGCAGCAGCGGGCGGUAGAAAGAAACGUUUGUAGCGCCCGAGCAGAGCGGGGCAAGUGGUGGUCGUAGGCCUAGCGCCCGCUGCGCCUGCAGACAGGCGAUGCGUGAUGCGUGAGUUCAAAGUCGUGGUGCUGGGCAGCGGCGGCGUGGGUAAGAGCGCCCUGACGGUGCAGUUCGUGCAGGGCGUGUUCACCGAGAAGUAUGACCCGACCAUCGAGGACUUCUACCGCAAGGAGAUCGAGGUUGACCAGGCGCCCUGCGUGCUGGAGAUACUCGACACGGCGGGCACCGAGCAGUUCGCCUCGAUGCGCGACCUGUACAUCAAGAACGGCCAGGGAUUCGUGGUCGUCUACUCCAUCACGAGUCACCACACGUUCCAGGACAUUAAGAACAUGAAGGAGCAGAUUCUUCGCGUCAAGAACGCCGAGCGCGUGCCCGUGCUGCUAGUGGGCAACAAGUGCGACCUCGAGCACCAGCGCGAGGUGACGCGCGCCGAGAUGGAAGCGCUCGCGCAGCUCUGGGGCUGCCCCUGCAUGGAGGCGUCGGCCAAGAUCCGCUGCAACGUCAACGAGAUGUUCGCGGAAAUCGUGCGCGAGAUGAACGUGCUGCCGCCCAAGGAGAAGUACAGCUACCGAUGCUGCGCCUUGCUUUAGCACAGACAGGUGAGAGCUAAGCCUGGCCGGAACGAGUGUUUUUGUUUUUUUAACCGGAUGGAAGGAGCUACCAGACUGCUACAGGACAGUCAGUGCCCAAGGAGGCAGCAGAACACAGCACUGUGUAUGUGUGUAUGGUUUUAGGUGUCGUUACAUUGAAUGUUUUUUCUAUGGGACUCAGAAGAAGGAACAAAGAUUGCCGACAGAACAGUAGGUGCCUUCCACAUUCUUCGUCCCUGGCCAGUUCCUUUACCUGCUUACCACAGCCCCAACAGACGUGACUUAGCAAGUGCAAUAAACAGAAUGUUGCCCAUG